AUGUCAGGUGGGCUGAUGACGAGGGUGCUGCUGGCGGGGAAGAAAGUGCUUGGAAUGGGCCCGACUCACCUGCUUGAAGCGGAUGAAAGUCGAGCUCGAUGGUGCUGCCGGUCGAUGGUCGACGGUGACGAGAAUGCAGAUGUCGGCGAGAAGGAGCGGUAUGUCAACGGCGAAUGCACGAAAGAAGAAAAAGCAGAAGUGGAGAUGAGAGAAAGAAGAGCAGAAGGUCGAGCAGAGAAAGGUCGGUGUUGCCAGCAGCAGAGUUUCGCACUAGUCCGUACGGUGAAGCUCAGAAGUCACGGUUUCUGCGGUAGGAAUGAAUGCCGUCGGCGUCAAUGGGAGGUGGUGAGCGUGUUGGGCGGCAGUCGAGUCGCGUGGCUCUUAUUUGCUGAAAUCGAUGAUCAAACGCCGUCAACUGAGGCACCCGCAGAGCGCAAAUGCGACGCUGGUCUCGCUCCCACGAGUCGCUGCUACUCUCCGGCCAAUUCCGUGCGUAUCGCCAGAUGCAAUAACGAUGCUGGGUCGGUGGAAGGUAUGGAGUGCACGCCCGCACUCAGAUGGAGUGCUUCAGGGGCCGGGAGGUGCGAUGCAACGGUGAUGGCAGAGGGAUGGUGCUGGCGAUGGGCGGGUGAUCAAGAGGCUCAAUGGCUUGGGAAUGAUAGAUCAAUGGCGCAGAGGGAUGUGCCGGAUGGCAUCAGAGCAAAACGGCAUCAGGCUCGAGGGCGAGGCGGAGCGGUUUUGUUAUGGCCUGCAGUCAACGGCUCGACCUCCCUGCCGCCUUUGUUCUAA